UACGUUGGAAUAUGUUGCUAAAAGUACAGUAGUUGUGCAUACUAAAGUACCUUACAAUGUAUUUCAAUAACAUAAUCAAUAUAUUUCCUCAAUUCUUUAGUAACUGCAAUCAGUUUCGGACCUGUGCUCCAACUUACAGAAAUUAAUAUUUAUUUUGUGCACGAGCUCAUAAGCUUAACGUCGUUAAGUUAACCGUUACCAGCACGUGCAGUUAAGUGUAAGCAGCUAGCUUCAACAACAACUUUUUGUAGCCAUAUAUUUUAUUUUUCUAGCUUAACGUUAGCUAGUGUAACUUUAAGGGAAACUGAAGCACGAUAGCAUUACUUUUAAUAAGUCGUUUGCUCUUUCUUAGACUAGUAAAAUGAUAAAGUUAAACCGUGUGAAUCUUGACCGGUUCAUGGAGGACUUUACUCAACUAGAACAGAAAAUUACAGAGGUUACUGGCAAAAACAACGUGUUGGAGAUCAUGCUGGAGGAUGCCAAUAGACUCGUAAAAUUCUAUCUGGCCAAGGAGAAGUGUGUGGUUGAGGAGAGAGACAGUCUCCUGGUCACUGUGAACAGACUGCAGCAGACUCUGCAGGAGCAGUGCAACCUCAGAGUGGAGAAUGAGAGACUGAAGAAGGACAUGGCCGACCUGAAACGACAGAACAAGAGAACAGCAGAGGAUGGAGAGGCUGAGCUUCAGCGGCUGGCCAGUGAAAUGAGAGCAGAAGCAGAGAGACACCAGAGGGAGCUAGAGACUGUCAGGCAGCAGUGCAGGAGAGAGGUGGAGGCCGCCCACAGGAAGGGCGUCCAGCAGCUGGAAGCUAAAGAUGCCGAAGGGAAGAAUCUGAUGGAGAGAAAGGAUCUGGACCUGGAGGAGUUGAGGAAGAGGCUGAAGGAACAGGAGAGGGAGAGGCAGAGCGAGCUCCUCAAGUUACAGAUGGAGUUUGGUGCAAAGUUAGCCAGAGUUCAGAGUACAGCUCAGUUGAGCCAACAGCAGCAGCAGCAGCAGCAGCAGCAACAACACGGCUCCAACCUUAUUCCACAGAGCGUCUUCAAGAGGGUGAGCAGCCCACACAGCACCUUUUACAUCAUAGAGAAGCUGCAGUUUUUCCAAGAAGAGAAGAACAAGGAAAUUGUUGCUCUGCGUCAGAGAAUCAAAGAGCUGGAAGAGAGCCAGCGUGCCGGCAGCUUCAGCGACAGCCGUCUAAAGAAGAGAAAGAUCUAGUUUGUUUACAGUAGAGGCCAGAAGCUGUGGACACGUCAACUCUGCAGAUGCAUGAAUCUCCAGACCUCCCGGGGGGUGGGGGGGGGACUUAAGUGACUUAAGUUAUUUAAAGUUUCCACAUUUGUAUUUCAGUUUCAUUUCAAAGCUGAAUUUGGAGUUUAACUCUACUGCUUCUUGUGCAGUGUCAUACUUGACAAGAUUUGCAGUGUCAUCAGGUGUUCAGUGUGCAGAGAGCACAUUUAAACACAGGGCAUAUUCCUGUAAGACUUAUAUCCAAUCAGACGCCUGCAUGGAAGGGCAGGAGGGUGAGGCGCUGAAGUAAGAGAAGCCCACUUCUGAUUAAAUCAGAUAGCUUGAAGCUUAAACCCAUUCAGGGAGUUUGACCUGUUCAUCUCCUUUCUUUCAAAGAAAACUUGUGUUGUCCUCAUCUUGUCAUUUUGGAAAAGCAAAGUUAAACUCUACUUCCUUUCAUUUGUGUUCACGAUUUCCCAUUGUUUAGGAAAGUAAAAGCCUGAAAAAGCUCCGCUUCCCUCAGUAGCCUAAAACUGUUGCGUCUACCCGAAUAAUAAACUAGGUAUCAGUUUCUUUAUAUCGAUCAACUUUGAUUUGAGUUUUUAACAUAAGAGUGGAGUGUUCACUGAGAACAUGAGCAGUAACUGAUUGGAGCUCAAGACCCAUUUCUGCAAUUGAUUAACAUUUAAGAUAUGUUGGAAUUUCCACACAACAAAUUUUGAACUUUCUCGAUGUCUUCUGACUGCAGUGUCGUCGUCGUCCCCCCCCCCACCCCCACUCGCUGUGCCUCCACUACUCCUCACAGCUGUAUGAAGACGUCUCGGUGAAGUGUUGAUCUCAUGCUCUGUAAUCUCUUUAUCUGUGCUGCUCAACCUGCGUCAAGGGGAAAGACAGCUAAUCUCUAUGGGAACAUUGGUUAACACCGUUGCAUAACAUUUCAUCUCCACAAAAGCCAAGAGAUCAACCUUUUAGUUGCAAAACACAGCCAUGUCUCUCACAGAGGUGUGCUUUGCUAAACCUGCAAACCAAAGUGUUCCAGUUAUACUGUACACACUGUGGCUACAAAUACUUGUGCACAUUUGUCAUCAAUUGCUUCCUUUUGGCUUCUUUUUUGCCGCCCUGAACCGAUGUUGGCCAUAUUAAGGGAUUGGCACUGACCCAAAUUAAAACAGGAUUAGAGUUCAUGACACCACCUUAAUGCGUCAUCAGUGGAAGAGAGGCUGAAGAUAGGAAGAAGGUGAGCUCUCACAGUAGGGGUGUUUUCACUGUCCUUUGACUUACCUGAUGUCUCAAACAGACGCGCCCCCCUCCCCUCCUGUGUUCUUGCUAUCAGUGUGCAGUUAGUCUGUUCCAGAGGACAGAGAUGGAGACUAGGACGGCACCGUUUUGCUCAGUGUAUUCAACGAUUUUGCCUAAACUGUCAGACUUCAGCAUGUAAGUGAAGAAACUGGGCCAAAAGAACUACUUUUUCAUACCAUUGCAUGCAAUGGAUUCUACGGCUGUGUUAUGAUGCAAAGCAGCAAUUUGGAAACUUGGUAAGAAAACAAGAAUCUUGUUUUACCAUAUAUUCUAACCAUAUUCUUUUUCACUCUUUUUGUUAAAUGUCUCCGGCCUUUUUGUACGCAUUUGAGGGUUACACGUUACUGGUAUCUAGUACAUUUACAGUAAUAUGUGUACAAACUGUUGCAUAAGACAUCUGAGAAUUUGUAUUUAAUAUAGUGGCGUCGUCUUAAAAUUAUAUGGUUUUAGUGUAGCACUGGAAGGACUUGUAGAAUGUUUAUACUGUAUGUGAUGUUAAAGAAGAAAUUAAAGGCAAUGUUUACCUGAUUAUUCCCUGUUAACCUGUGUUAAGAGGAUGAUGAUAGGGCUGCACAAUGAAGUUUUUUUUUUUUUUUUUUUUUUUUUUUAUCCUCUCAAUAUCAACUCCUGCAAUAAACCCUUGCGAAAGGCUGCGACAUAUCGCGAAAAACACUCAAUUUUUUAUGUUAGUUGAAAGAAAACUUUACAAUGUAACUGUCAGUCUUUUUUUCAGUGGUACCUUUUUAUAUUUAAUGUUCAAUUUGUUCAAUAAAAGUGUUUGGAAUGA